AAUCGAUCGACGAUCCGCAGCUGGGUACGGAGGCCGGUGUGUCUGACGGGAGGCGCUGCUCUCAAUGGCCUUGCUCCACCGUGCAAGAUGACUGAUUAUUGCGAGGAGCAGCGCAACGAGCUGGAGGCGCUGGAGUCCAUCUACCCGGACUCGUUCACAGUGGUGUCGGAGAAUCCUGCAAGUUUUACCAUAAGGGUAACAUCCGAAACGGGUGAAAAUGAAGAAACGGUUGAAGCAACCCUCCAAUUCACAUACGUGGAGAAAUACCCAGAUGACCCUCCGAAGUUUGAAAUUGCCACACAUGAGAAUCUUCAGAACUCUGAUACUGCAGAUAUAAUGUCACUGUUAACUGAGCAGGCACAGGAAAACAUUGGGAUGGUCAUGAUAUUUACCUUAGUGACAGCUGUUCAAGAAAAAUUAAACGAAAUCGUCGAUCAAAUAAAAUCUCGCAAAGAAAUGGAGAAGUUAUUAAAAGAGAAAGAAGCUGAAGAAAUUGAAAAGGCUAUUUUCCAUGGCACACCCGUAACAAUUGAGAAUUUCUUGUCUUGGAAAGCAAGAUUUGAUGCAGAGUUAACUGAAAUGAAGAAAAAUCAAAAAGAAGACGAGCAAGGCGGAAAAGUUAAACUGACAGGAAAGCAGCAAUUUGAAACGGAUCAUAACCUUGACACAUCUGACAUUCAGUUCUUGGAAGAGGGUAACAAUGUGGAAGUUGAUGAAUCUCUUUUCCAAGAUAUGGAUGAUUUAGAAUUAGAUGACGAUGACGACCCAGAUUAUAAUCCUGAUCUCGAGAGCGACAAUGAUUGACUUCAAUUUUGAAAAAGUGCACCAUUUACAAAAUGGCAGGAUGAACGUGAAUUAAGUCACAGUAUCUGUGACUACUUGUAUUGCAAUUAGCAAGCAGCGGGGAAAAAAGUUUUUUUUAAUCUAAUUUCUGUAUGCCUUCAUCACUGUUCAAUAAAUUUACUCCAAAAGUUAA